AUGGGGAGUUUAAAGGCAGUGUUGAAGCAUCCGGACGAUUUUUACCCUUUGUUGAAGUUGAAGAUGGCGGCGAAGAAGGCUGAGAAACAGAUCCCGACGGAGCCACACUGGGGUUUCUGUUACCCUAUACUUCAUAAGGUUUCUAGAAGCUUCGCGCUUGUUAUUCAACAGCUCAAUCCCGAGCUUCGUGACGUUGUAAGUGUGAUUAACCAAACGUCGUCUUGUUUUUAUGUGUGUUCUAGCAGUUCUUGGCUGACCUUGUAA